AUGACUGUGUUUUGGAACAUUGGUUGUGUUCCCGCCCUGAUCAACUUCCACCUUCGCCAGGAGCCCCUCAAGCACUGCAUCCGCGUGGCCAAGCGCUGCAAGGCCAUUGUGGUCGGGGCUGAGCUGCAGGACGAGCUCUCCUCGGUUCUGGACGAAGAUGACCUCAAGGCUCUUCCUGUGUUUGUGUCGGGGAAGAAGGACGCGGCGCUGAAGAUAGCAGGUGGCAUUGAUGCGGACGAAGGGCUCAAAGCCUCCUCCAGCGAAGUCCCCCCGCAGCUGGAGGCCGUCGGUUUUGUGGAUGACAUGGUGUACAUCUACACCUCGGGCACGACUGGACUCCCCAAGGCAGCCGUGAUCAAGCAUUCCAGAGCCUACUUUGCGGCCUUGGGCAUGGGUUUAAUGGUUGGCGUCCAGAGCAGCUGUAAAGAUGGACAGGCAGUUCUGUACGACGCAUUGCCCCUCUACCACACGGCCGGGGGCAUAAUAGGGGUCGGUCAGGCACUGUUCCUGGGAGUCUCCGUUGUCCUCAGGAAGAAGUUCUCGGCAUCAGCAUUCUGGGCCGAGUGCUGCAGAUAUAAGUGCACGGCAGCGCAGUAUAUUGGUGAGAUCUGCCGCUACCUGUAUAACCUUCCUCCAAAGCCCGAAGAUUCACAGCAUAAUGUCCGGAUCAUGUUCGGCAAUGGCCUGAGGCCAACCUUAUGGGAGGAUUUCCAGAGACGUUUUGCCAUCCCAACAAUAAGCGAGUUCUAUGGGUCAACGGAAGGCAAUGCGAAUAUCAUCAACAUCGACGGCAAAAAGGGUGCAGUUGGCUUUGUGUCGGUGCUCUUCCCCAGCGUGUAUCCUGUGGCCCUCUUGAAGGUGGAUCAGGACACAGGAGAGAUCUUGAGAGGACCUGACGGACUGUGCAUAAGGUGCCAGCCAGGCGAAGCAGGAGAGUUUGUGGGCAAGAUUGUGCGAGGAGACCCCGUGCGAGAUUUCCACGGCUACGCAGACGAGACUGCCUCCAAGAAGAAGGUCGUUAGGGAUGUGUUCAGGAAGGGAGACGCGGCAUUUCUGUCUGGCGACAUCCUUGUGAUGGACGAGGAGGGCUACCUCUACUUCAAGGACCGCACGGGAGACACUUACCGCUGGAAGGGGGAGAAUGUGUCCACGGCCGAGGUGGAAGCCAUCGUGUCGGGCGCCCUUGGAAACGCUGAUGUCGUGGUCUAUGGUGUUGAGGUUCCUGGUGCAGAAGGUCGUGCAGGCAUGGCAGCCGUCGAACGAAAGGAUGACCAGGAUCUUGACCUGACAGCUCUCUAUGCUGCUCUUGAAAGCUCUCUGGCUGCAUAUGCCCGGCCACUGUUCAUCAGAUGGGCUUCAGCACUGGAACGCACUGGGACCUUCAAGCUCAAGAAGGUUCCCCUCCAGAAGGAAGGCUUCAACCCCAAGGCUGUCAAAGACCCAAUCUUUUUCCUGGAUGGAAAGAGCAGGAAGUUCGUUCCAUUGACGGAGCAGCUUUAUGAAGACAUCGUGGGGGGAAGGGUACGGGUGUAAGGCAAGGGAGGAAGAGGGGACUGGGAAUAAGAACAGAGGGAGAGAGGAGAAGUGAGACGAGAGAAGACAGCGUGAAAGAGGAAAGGGGAGAGCAAGAGAAUGUAUUGAUUAUGGUAGUGGAGGAAGAAGAAGAAGACAAAGAGGAAUAGAUAGAUGCAAAAAGGUUGAGAAGGAAAAUGAAGGAAAAGACUGACAAGCAAAGAAAAGAAGCGAAGAAGUACAUUUUGAUUUAAGUUUAUUAUUUUUUACAAUUUAAAAACAUUGUUAACAUUAAAAAUAUUAAAAGAGUACGUACACACACACACACACACACACACACACACACACACACACACACACACACACACACACACACACACACACACACACACACACACACACACACACACACUCACUCACUCAC